AACGAGGAGCUAAGCGGCUGUCAGUUAUCUUUGGGGCCACUAGAUGGCGGUGUGCGUUUGCGCCGCAGUAGUUUUGCUGCUUCGCUCCCUCUUGACUCAGCGCUCAGUUCAACGAGCGCCGCGCUUCGCAAAGAUGGACAACAAGCGGGACGGAAGCGAAAAUCCCAGCAAAGAUGGUGACAUUGCAGCUAUCAUGGGGUUUUCAGGCUUCGGAAAGAAAGCUCGCACCUUUGACCUGGAUGCAAUAUUCGAACAGACGAGGCGGACUGCAAUUGAACGGAGCCAGAAAGCGUUGGAGGAGAGGCAACAGCAGGAGGCUGAGAGAGACAUCUCUGGAAGCUGCAUUACCAGUCCAGGCCCCAGCAAAAGACAGACACCUGCAGCUGCUGUCCCCAGGCAGCAGGGCAUCAGCAGCGAUUCUGAUUCAGACUCCGAUUCGGACCUCGUUGGUCCACCGGUCCCUCCACAGCUCCCUGCUGAAGGAGAUGAAGAUGACGACGACUUAGUAGGGCCUCCGCUUCCACCAGGAUACAGUGGCAGGAUGGCUGAAGAAGAAGAAGAAGAUGAUGAGGAGGAGGAUGGGAUGCAGGAUGAAGACGAUGAUAACCCAGUGAGGAAGAUUCCAGACACCCACGAAAUCACACUGCAACACGGCACAAAGACGGUGUCUGCCCUGGGUCUGGACCCUUCAGGUGCUCGACUGGUAACGGGGGGGUACGACUACGAUGUGAAAUUCUGGGACUUUGCUGGUAUGGACGCAUCCCUGCAAGCCUUCCGUUCGCUGCAGCCUUGUGAGUGUCACCAGAUCAAGUCUUUACAAUACAGCAUCACCGGUGAUGUCAUCCUAGUGGUGGCUGGAAACGCCCAGGCCAAAGUUCUAGAUCGAGACGGCUUUCAGGUUCUGGAGUGUGUGAAGGGGGACCAGUAUAUUGUAGAUAUGGCUAACACCAAGGGUCACACUGCCAUGCUGAACUGUGGCUACUGGCAUCCCAAGAUUAAGGAGGAGUUCCUCACCUGCUCCAAUGAUGGAACGGUCCGCACAUGGGACUUGAACUCAGAGAAGAAGCACAAGGCUGUGUUCAAGCCCCGUUCACAGCAGGGCAAACGGGUCACUCCCACUUGCUGCACCUACAGCCGAGAUGGCAAGCUAAUUGCAGCCGGCUGCCAGGAUGGCACCAUCCAGAUCUGGGACAGGAACCUCAGUGUACACACCAAGUUCCACUGUCGCCAAGCACAUGUUCCUGGUACUGAUACAUCCUGCAUCACCUUCUCCUAUGAUGGGACAACACUGGCCUCUCGAGGGGGUGAUGACACCCUGAAGACCUGGGACAUUCGCAAUUUUAAGAAACCUCUCAAUGUGGCCUCAGGCCUGACCAACUUUUUUCCCAUGACAGACUGCAGCUUCAGUCCAGAUGAUCAGCUCUUGGUCACGGGUACCUCUGUCAAGAAGGAUGAAGGGAAUGGCAAGCUGGUCUUCUUCAACAGAACUUCUUUCCAGAAAGUAUAUGAGAUUGAGGUGGCUAAUGCUAGUGCUGUUCGCUGUCUCUGGCACCCUAAAUUAAACCAGAUUAUGGUGGGGACCAGCAACGGUUUGGCCAAGGUCUACUAUGACCCUGUCAAGAGUCAAAGAGGAGCCAAACUGUGUGUAGUAAAGAGCAAGCGGAAGGAGAAACAGGCGGAGACCUUAACACAGGAUUACAUCAUCACACCUCAUGCCUUGCCCAUGUUUCGAGAGGCCCGGCAGCGCAGCACCCGGAAACAGCUGGAGAAGGAUCGCCUGGACCCAGUCAAGUCCCACAAACCAGAGCCACCAGUGUCUGGACCAGGUCGGGGAGGUCGUGUGGCAGCCCAUGGCGGCACACUUUCCUCUUUUAUUGUGAAGAAUAUCGCUCUGGAUAAGACAGACGACAGUAACCCAAGAGAAGCCAUCUUGCGCCAUGCCAAGGAGGCAUCAGAAGAUCCCUACUGGAUUGCCCCAGCCUAUGCCAAGACACAGCCAGAUCCUUUGUUUGCUGAAGCAGAGGUUGAGGAUGAGGAGGCCGACAAGGAGCCAGAAUGGAAGAAACGCAAGAUCUGAGGAGCCUGCACUCAAUCUUUGCUGCUCAGCUGUUCCUUUCCAAUCUAGGCAGGACUGGUUGUGGGUACUGGUGACUUUGGCCCAACAUGAAAAGACUUUUCUUUCAUCCAUAUCUGUAUACUGCUGUCUUUGACUGUUCAGUUUCUGUCUGUAGUAGUCUAUGCGAGUAAGUAACUUAGUCACCCAUCAGAUUACAGGUCCUUUUCUUUUUAUUAUCUGAAGUGUCUGCUGCAGUAUUUUAAAUAUUAGAUGACAUUGGUUAAUUAAAGCUUUUCUAUGCAGUUACCAGUGUGAGCUCUAUCUCCUUUUAGUGUUCAUUAAGUAUGUUGUGCCUGACAGCUGUUCCUCUGUCUGUUUCUUUGUGUGCUGAGAACACAUUCUUCCGGUGUCUCAUUCCAGCCCCUAAAAAGUUGCGACUGACAGACACAAACGAGUACUCUAUGCGUCUCCAUCUGGCAUUCAGCUCUG